AUGGAGUUGCAGGAUGAGGAUGCAGAGGGUCAGGCUGAGUUCUGGCAGCUCGCAUUGGCUUUCGUCGACUCUCUCGCACUCAAGUGUGAAGUCGAGCUCGGCAUCGCUCGCAUAAUCCAAGAAAAAGGUGGGCUCGUAAGCCUCUCUGAGAUUGUCUCCUCGCUACAGGCUCCUUCCUCUGAUACCUCACGCCUCAUGCGAUUCCUCGUGAAGAAGCGCGUGUUCAGUGUUGAGUUGAAGCAGGGUGAGGCCUACUAUGGUCUCACUCGUCUAUCCAACUGGUUAGUUAGGCCCGGGGAAUCGGGCCUGGCACCUAUGUCGCUGUUGUUGGGCCACCCCACAAUCCUUGCGCCAUGGCACUACGUGAGCAAGUGCAUGUCAGAAGGGGGUAAGCCAUUUGAAAAGGCCCAUCAUAGGGAUUUUUUCGAUCAUAACUCUGAUAAUCUUGGAUUUGUUCACUUGUUUAACGAUGCCAUGGCGAGUGGAGCUCGGGUGGUUUUAGAGGCAUUGCUGUCUGAGCAUAAGUCUGUGUUUUCGGGACUGACUUCAUUGGUGGAUGUGGGUGGCGGCACCGGAACAGCGUUGAACGAGAUCGUGAAAGCAAACCCUCAUAUCUCUGGCAUCAAUUUUGACCUCCCGGAUGUCGUCUCCACCGCACCGAACUACCCCGGUGUGCUUCACGUCGGUGGCGACAUGUUUUCCUCCAUCCCUACUGCAGAUGCUGUUUUCAUGAAGUCGAUACUACACGAUUGGAGCGACACAGAUUGUGUGAAAAUCUUGAAACAAUGCCGGAAAGCACUCCCUAAAGGGAGAGGGAAAGCGAUUAUCGUCGAUGUGGUCUUGCGCCCUGAGGAGGAUACCAGUGCCUUCGCGGCCUCGAGAAUGGCAUUUGAUAUGGUGAUGUUCACGCUCACCUCUGGCGGCAUGGAGAGAACAGAGGAGGAGUGGAGGGUGCUGCUCAAAGAAGGUGGUUUUAGCAGAUGCAAAAUCUUUCCUCUUCCCACUCUCCAAUCCAUCAUUGAAGCUUAUCCUGACCCUGAUGAACCAGUUGUACUGCCAUGA